AUGUCCUGGUCUCAGACCCCCGAUGCUGUUGGGAUAUUAUCUAGAUGGGAUCCAGAGACCGGUCGAGCGGACGAGCAGCUGAUCAUCCGGAGCCACCAGACGGUAUAUGUCGGUAGAGACCCGGAUAAGUGGUACGCUUUCUAUCCCAUCUCGCAUGUGGAAAACCCUGGAAGCAUUUUGCCAUUGGUUUACGCCGAGGACAUCUCCGAAAAUGGGGCUGUAUGGAACAUCUACCCCAUGUCAGGCAAGGGUGGAUUUCUCCUCAGUGAUGGCGACAUAAUCCAGCUGCCGGUGGGUAUAUUUCUCAGGUUCAGUUAUCAGAUGCAUGUGCAAGAACGCCUUGGUAUCGUCAUGACCAAAGAGAUCCAGUUUUUCAACAAUACGUACUGCGUCACACCACGUAGAUUGGGAUCUGGUGCUUACGGACAGGUGUACAUGGCCUACAAUUCUAUUAGUGGCCAGCAACUUGCUUGCAAAUACGGGAAGAAGCUACUAGAGUCUGGCCGUGAAGCAAACCUUAGGAAAAGAUUGGAAGUUUCCAGCCGCGAGGCCCUAAUAUUGAAAGAUCUUUGCCAUAGAAAACAUAGUUAUCUCUUUCAGGAGCUGGUACCUGGCGGAGAUCUUUUCUCUUAUAUCCAGUACAAAGGGGGAAUGCUUACUAACAUCGAGGCUGCAGUUAUAGUUCGGCAACUACUGAUGGCAUUGGAUUACUUGCAUGGCCGGGAUAUAAUUCAUCGAGACCUGAAACCAGACAAUAUACUCAUGACAUCCUUGGAGGAUGGAUGCAGGGUUGUGCUAUCUGACUUUGGAUGCGCCACCCACAACACGGGGCGAAUGUCGACCAUGGUUGGCACAUUCGAAUAUAGUGCUCCAGAAGUUAUUUCUCCUCGUCAAGAGGGUUAUACCAAAGCAGCAGACAUGUGGUCGCUAGGUUGCGUAACAGCGGUCUUACUGACAGGUAGUACUUCGUGUGAUGGCUCAAUGGCAACGUACGCAUUUGACUUGGCUAAAAUCGGGGGUUAUGAGAAGUUGGAGGAGAGUCUGACCAGAAAAUUUGCACAUCCCCGAGCAAAAGACUUCAUUCAUCGCCUUCUCAGAAUCAUCGCAGAAGAGCGCCUGACCGCCAAGCAAGGGCUGCAACAUGCGUGGUUCAGCAAUCCAGUCCAUUCCUUCGAGUUUAAAGAACUUUACUAUCGAUCAAUUAGAAACUGGACUCCCUGCCUCCCCAAAGAGCCAAUAGUUGUGGAAAUCACCAGCUUGGAUUGCUUCAGUGACGAAAUGGUCGCUCGAGAAGCAGUAGUCAACUUCCAGACGAGAUAUGGAGCCCCAGCUCGUCAGCCAGAAAUUUCUCCGGCCACGCGAUUGCUUCUCCUACUUUGUCGGAUCUCAACCUACCUCCAGUCGCAGUAUGACGGGUCACCAGUGAACGGGAAUUUCGCAGGACAUGGAAGGGCAUAUGCUAAAAAGUGA